AUUUUGUGAUAAAUCAGAAAAAAAAACAAAGAAAAAAAAUAAAUCUAUGGCUGUUUUGCUAUGGUUAUUAAUCUUAUCUGCAAUUCAUGCAGUAACACUAGCACAACAAAGGCAGUUUAAUAUAACUCUUGGCUCUUCUCUAACACCUACUGCCAAUUCAUCAUGGUUUUCACCAACCAGGCGCUUUGCCUUUGGAUUUUAUGAACAAAACAAUGGCUACGCUGUUGGAAUCUCAAUCGUCAGUAUGCCUAACAAGACAGCAGUGUGGACAGCAAACAGGAACAGUCCUGUUGUCCCGAGCAACGCUGUCUUGCUCUUAAAUAAUGAUGGAAGGCUCAUUGUGCAAGUAGGAAGCCAGGAAAACUCUGUCAUC